AAGAAUAAAUGAAACAAAAAUAAAGCAUAGACUAACUUGUUAUUGAUGAUAUUAAGAGCAAAUUAUGGAUGUUCUCCAUGAUAACACCAAAAAAUAUAAAAUAGACACAUUGAAGUUCAAAAAAAGAUGCAGACAGAUUUUUACAUCAAAGAGGAUUUUUACGAAGAGGAACUUUUGGCAUUAGGUUCUGCAAAUAUUUUUUCUUCAUUCUUUUUAUGUUAUCCAUGUGCAACAUCAAUGUCACGGAGUUUAGUACAAGAAAGAGCUGGAGGAAAGACACAGCUUUCUGCUUUUAUAUCUUGUUUGAUUUUGCUUGUUGUGCUAUUAGCACUUGGACCAUAUUUUUACAAUUUACCAAAAGUGAGUAUU